ACCAACCAAUCACAUCCAUCACAAGAAAAAGCAAAUGGCUGCCUAAAAUCGCCAUUCUAGAAAGCCUGAUAAAAAUAAUCCGAUGUAAUUACAUGAAUUAUGCGCUCUUGAUGAUCAUGAUUAGCAAAAUAACAAUCUAAGAAAUACAAAGAAUAAAGAUUAUUGAAUAUUGCGGGCAAAAAGCCUGCCAAAACGUUAAAAUUAAACCUAAAUCUAGCUUACACAAUUCAUACUUCCUAUAAUUUCGUAAAAUUUAGUUAUUGUGUGAACGAGUUCGACACACGUUCGUUUCUUUCUCAGUUUAUGUAAUGUGAAGUGACGACACCGGGCGGGCGUCCCGCCCUCUGCCUUCGAUCAUGGAGCGAAGUUACGACAAGCGACAUGGAAAGCACCACAAGGAGAAACACAAGAAAAGGACGCACAAGAAAUAUCGAUCUCCAAGUGGUAGUCAUGAUCAAUCUUUCGCUACUGUUAAUUCUGUUAAACCUCUGGUUGAGUAUUCCGAUGUCAGUUCAGAGGCUCUCUCGGCUCCCGAGGCCGGAGAAAUUGAGAGUGAGGCUAGCUCGAUCAGUCGACACAUCGCCGAUGACUUAGACCGAACGAGGAAGUCUCACCAUAUCCGUACAUUUGUAGAUAAUACUAUAUCAGUAACAACUCUGAGCCAUCGGCCUGAUGAUUAUGCCAUUGAGGCAUCAGCGUCGCGCCGGAGGAUGGACUACGUGGAGCCUGAUGUGGACUUUGACAAGCACAGAUAUAAGAAAAAGAAGGAUAAGAGGAAGAAGGAGAAGAAGAAGCGAAAGAAGAAGUCCAAACAUCCCUCGAGGUCGGCAAGUUUGGAGAGUGUGUCUCCGGACGAGAUAAUACCGACUGAGACACCAGUUCGUCCUCCAAGUCCUCAGAGAUACCAGAGAGUGCCGAUAAGUGAGUGGGAGAAGGGAUCUUCUCCGCUGCCCAACGGGUCUUGUUCACCGGUGUCGCCGUCCACGCCGCCGCCGAGGCACGAGCUGUCUCCGAGGCACCGGAUGCCACAUCCAGAAUCAUCUCUACACCGCAACCAGAUCCCUUUCUCUCCACAUCGGGAUAGAUCACCAGUAGUGAGGAGGAGACAGAAAUCUUCCACUCCGCACACGCCAUUAGUCCCCCCGUACCAUGACACGGUCACUAUAGACUCUGACAACGAGCCGGAGUAUGAACAACGUGGUAGGAGGGUGGACUACAUGCCGUGGCACGAGCAGAGGAUAGUGUCGCCUAUCAUGGUACCAGAUUCGCCAAUCCACGAGAUCCGCGUUCGGGACUACAGUCCGCGCCGGUCGCACCGCCGCAGCAGCCGCAGUCGCAGACAUCGCAGCCGGGAUAAGGAGAGACAUCGGGAAAUCAGGGGCUCACACAGGUCCCAUAGCCGCAGCUCGCUGAAGCGUCGCCGCUCAGUGUCGCGGCCGCGGCGGCGGGGCUCCACAGCCUCCCCACCCCGACAUCGACCGAGGCAUCGCGACGAGCGCGAGCGGGACAGACCUAGAGCAAAGCACGAGUCGCCCAGUCCGCCGAGUACGCUGCUGCAGCGCAAGAUCGACUUUAAGGAGAAGAUCAGUGACACCAGUCUCUUCGCUGAGCUGGUCAAGGAUAAACAUAAGAGGGCUAAGAAAUUACAAGAGAUCCUGAACCAAAAGGAAGAGUCGCAAGGCGCCAUCUCGAGCACCUCCAUCAACAACCCGGAGGUGCUCACCAUAGACGAGUUGUCUAAUGCCACUGGCGAUAGUUCUACACAGGCGUCGAAACACGAAGAGAACGGGGACGCAAUGAAGGAUGGUCAAGACAUAGUGGACAUCCCCAUGCCGUCAGUGGGGGCCGACCCCCCGCCGCUGCAGCCCCCGCCGGAGUUCAGCAGCUUUGGUACCCCAGACCAACCCGCCAAUGGGGAAGGCCCACCGCCCCCCAGCAAUGGCUCUGAGGGGCCCGGGGCGCCGCAGCCGCGCAGCGUGGUGGAGGGCGUGUAUCUCAGCAGCCAGGGCGCGCCGCCGCCCAAGCGCAGCCUCACCAAACUGCCCAUGCCGCCCAACACACAGGUGGAAGAUCUAAAGACUUUGGCGAGUGAUAGUCCCCUCAGCACGCCAUCUCCCAGCCCCGUGAAGAAACCUGAGAAGAAGAAGACUGGAAUCAUGAACCUGCCCAUGCCGCCUGUGAUCCCUGGAUCUGAAGAGUUGUCGGGCGACGAACUCGAAGCGUCGACACCGCCGCCCACUUCGCGACGGGAUCAAUAUUCACACGUUUUCACUAAUAGGUCCAAUACGCACAAUAAUAGCGGUUCAAAGCUGAAGCGGCCGCGGAUACUGAAGCGGCGCGGGUCGAAGCUGGUGGCCGUGGCUGCGCCCGCGCAUCACGCCAAGGAUUGGGGCGAGAAGUGUGUCGACGGCUUCCAGGUGAUAACCCAAAUCGGAGAAGGCACGUACGGCCAAGUGUACAAAGCCCGCGACAAGAACACUGACCAACUGGUAGCCUUGAAGAAGGUCCGUUUAGAGAAUGAGAAAGAAGGAUUCCCCAUUACCGCUGUCAGAGAGAUCAAGAUCCUGCGGCAACUGAACCACAAGAACAUUGUCAAUUUGAGGGAAAUCGUCACGGAUAAGCAGGAUGCUAUGGACUUUAGAAAGGACAAGGGUUCGUUCUACCUCGUGUUUGAAUACAUGGACCACGAUCUGAUGGGUCUGUUAGAAUCCAAGAUGGUGGACUUCACGGAGAGUCACAACGCUUCCAUCAUGCGGCAGUUGCUGGACGGACUGGCCUAUUGCCACAGGAAGAACUUCUUGCAUCGCGACAUCAAGUGCAGUAAUAUUCUUAUGAAUAAUAAAGGCGAGGUGAAGCUGGGCGACUUCGGUCUGGCGCGGCUGUGGUCGGCGGAGGACCGACAGCGGCCCUACACCAACAAGGUGAUCACGCUGUGGUAUCGGCCGCCGGAGCUGCUGCUGGGCGAGGAGCGCUACGGGCCCGCCGUCGACGUCUGGUCCAUGGGCUGCAUCCUCGGGGAGCUGUUCCUCAAGCAUCCGCUGUUCCAGGCAAACGUGGAAAUGAUGCAACUAGAGAUGAUAUCUCGAGUGUGCGGCACGCCCGUCCCCGGAGUCUGGCCCAACGUGGUCAAUCUACCACUAUGGCACACACUGCGGCCUAAACGGUUCCACAAACGGUGUGUGAGAGAACAGUUCUCGUUCAUGCCUACCCCUGCUUUGAAUUUAUUGGAUAGAAUGCUGGAAUUGGACCCCGAUAAGAGGAUAACUGCUGAGGAGGCUUUGAAGAGUCCUUGGUUGAAGAAUGUGGUGCCUGAUCAGAUGACGGCGCCGUCGCUGCCGACGUGGCAGGACUGCCACGAGCUGUGGUCGAAGCAGCGGCGGCGCCAGCAGCGCGAGCUGGAGCUCGGCAAGAGCAAGCUGGACGACAAGCUGGACUCGCAGCCGCCCGCCGCCGCCGCCGCCGCCGCUGCGGCCGACGCUGCCUUCACGCACGCAGACUCUGCUGAUGCGCUCGGACAAGUCAAAUAGCACAUGUACUAUUGGGACCCGUACCGGGACCAAUAGCAUUGUGACACUGUUUGUGAUAUUAAGUGUCCCUGAAGCGCUGUACAUCGCUGAUAAAUACAAAAAAAAAGUGGGAUGAAGUGCGAUGUUCGGUAUUGAUUGUACUGUCACUGCGACAAGUAUCGUGAUCGGGAACAGUGAUUUUGUGAUAUUAUUUGUGGGGUCAAUAUUGAAAUGAAGUGAUAAUUGUGUGGUGCAGGCCAAUUUUAAGUGAGUUACAUGGGGUGGAGUGGAAACUGCUACUGUCGAUCGAAACUGAGAUAUAUGAGUAUUAUAAAAAGGAAAGAUUUAAUUUUUGUAUUUUUAUUUGUGUUGAAUAAUCUCAAACUAAUGGACCAAUUUUAAUUAAAUUUGAACCUUCAGAAUAGUGAUAUUUCAAAAUUAUAAUGCACAAAAUUUUUCGUAGCAAUAGUAUUGUAACGAUAAUCCUAAAAAAGGCAAAACAGCUGUGAAUUUAGAUUUAACUAAAAGAUUUUGGAAAAUAGGUCUAUGAUUGUGUGCCUUGUAAAUUUUGGCAUUUUCAAGGAAUUUUUAUGUCUUACUACAUUUUAAUUAAAGAAAUAAAGUAGAAUUUCAAAAUACCCUUUUGAAGAGUAGAUCUAACCUGUAUAGUUUAUGUACAGAAAUAUGUUGAUUCACUAAUGAAAUGGUUAUAGUUCGAUAGGUUUCCACUAUUGUAGUUUGUUUAGAAAUGUUUUUCUGAUGAGUUGAAAGAUUUCUUUUGUAGAAUAAUCAAAAGAAAUAAAAAUAAAAACAAUGUAUCAUUUUAUGAAUAAAAGAGUUUAUGAAUGUACUGCUUAAGACGAGAUUAUAGCUUAUACGAUCGCCUUACGAAUCUUGUUUCCACAAAAAACAAAAUCUAAUUAUCGAAAUAGAGAUAUUAUUUUAAUGUCCUGGCGUUAACCACGUCGUCCUUUGAUGUCAUUGUCAAAAAACAUGCAAAUCCUUACCACAUAUGUUUCAAUGAGUGUCCAAUAUUUCGAUACCUUGACAGUAACUGUUUCUACGCCACGUCCUAUGGUAAUGCUUAUUGCGUGCGAGACGCGUACCAAAACUAAUUAAUUAUACAACCAAAGUGGAGAUAGUUAGUAGCUGCCAAUGCAGAAUAAACUGUAUAUAAAACUGUAAAUAAUAGUUGAUAUUAUAAGAACAAGUCGUUCUGUACUGAACGAGCAUAAUAUUUGCCUUAUUGCGGGCAAUGUGAAGCCAAAUGUCACGGUGGAUGUUAGUUGUAUGCCCCUUAUGAAACUUAUUCGAUAUUAUAGCUAUUACUUUCUUAAUCUUUACUAAAAUGAAAGAGAUAGAAAUAAUAUAGGACAAAGAAUUUGAUAAGUGGAAUAUUGCCCAAAUUUUUGUUUCUUAGUUGGGCGGAAAAAGGGUCAUUACCCUAAUGACAGUAUGAUAUGCUAAAAUUGUCCCAGAGGCCUUAUAUGAAAUUCUUUGUGUUUUAACAUUCACAUAUCUCAAGCUAAAUUGAUCUUUACCAUAGUAGAUAGAUAGCCCAAUAUAGCUAAUCGUGAACGAGAAUGUUCUGGAUAGUAGUUACAUUAUCCCCCAUCUAGAGUUAGAUUUUCCGCCUGGCUUUGAAGCUAUUUUUUAGUAAAUAAUUGUGCAAUCACAGGUUUUAUGGUUACGGUAAUAAGGGCUAUUUUCCUAUGAAUAUGCAGAUGCUUUUUCUAUAUGAUGAAGCUAUUUACAUAUUUGUUUCGCACAGAAUAUUAUUAAUUGAAUAAGACUGAUUUUUGUGUCUCAAAAAUAUUUUUUGGUUAUGCACUUUACAAUAUCGAUGUGACAUUAUAUUAAUCAUACAAACGAAUUUGGCAAUCAAAAGAUCACAAAAUCUGACUUCAAUGUUAAAAUUAUAUGAAAGGAAAGGGCCCAACUGCUGGGAUCAUCAAAUUUUAUCAAUGUAAAGUGCUGAACAGUCAAGACUAAUUGGUUUAUUUUGAUAAUGUAUUUCAUAAUUUACUUAAUCUAAACUAAUAAUAUUGUAUUCUUAAUUUCCUUAAAAAAUCUGUGAUUGCAAACAUCAAAGACAAGUGGAAUUGGCGUGACUUAUUUAUUUCUUGGAAUCCACAAUGAUUUUGUUGAUGUCCGGAUCUUGGUCUUCUAGUUGGCAUUUAAUUUAUAUAUUUAAGUAUUAAUGUGUAUAUUUAUGCAUUGGACGCCGGAAGUGCAUAGCGUGAUGUUCUAGAUUUAAGUAAUAUAUCAUGAUGUUAAAACUUCACAAAUGUUUAAAAUUGCGUAUCAUAAUAUACAUUCAUUAUUAUUUUUAUAUCGUCGAAAGUUGUAAAUAUGUAUGUGAGGUUCCGUGGGUGCAUAUUUUUUUAUGUUAAGGAUUUUUUAUCGCUUGUCUUCUCCUAGAUUCCAUUGUAUCAGAAUCUUCCAUGAAUUAAGUGAUCGGUUCGUAUUUUUUGUAUGUAUAAAGCGACUGCCCCUGCAUUUUAUGUCUGUUGUCUGAAUUAUGUGUGUGUUUCGGGAAACAAAAACUAUUUCUCGUUUUAGUCGCCGUUUAUUGUUUUUCGGCCUGUUUUGUUAAAUUCAAUUAUUCGUCACUUUGUUACAAAUUGAGAGCGUUUUUGUCGUAAUUCAUACUUUUUAAUUUGCAUAAAAAAGGCUCUAAAAGAGAAAAAUGUGUAGCAAAAUUUAUAAGUCGUUGAUAGAGUAAUUUUAAUUAAAACAAGAAAUUCUACAUUUGUAACAAAGUGUUUUCUUCUGUGUUAGAUCUAGUCUGAUUCCGUUUUCGUUCCCCGAAAUGCGAGACCAGUAUAGCAUGGCUAAAAGACUAAAGUCUCUUGUAAUAUAUAGGUUAAAUAGACGCGAACAAUCCAGAGUUCGGGUAAUCCCCCUGUUUGUAUGUCUGUUGUUGUUUAGGAAAUUGUUUAUUGUAGUUAGGUUUUCAAAUUUAUUCAUGACUGAUUGUUUCAUCGAUACAGAUUAACAAAUCAAGUUAUGUACAAUCAACAGCACAUCAACCUACCCAAAUUCAUUGCAAACCGCCGCUAUUACCCGCCAUAAAGGUUUGCGGGGUAACUUGAUGAGCUGUUGACUGAAAAGGUCUUAUCUUCAGCAGUGGACUUCUUUGUCUAUAUCUAAUUGGAGUCAUGCUUGAUUUGCUGUUAGUUCAUGAGAUAUUAUGAAAAAUUUACAAUUUAAUGCAGUAUCUGUAAUAAUUAAAAAUAUUUCACUGUGGGUAAAACAGUUCUCAUGCAGAAAAUUAAUAUCUCCCAAUCAGUAAUUUGUUUAGUGCUACCACAGAGUUCCUAAGUUGUUAAUAAGUAGUUAAAUAAGUAUUACAUUUUUUAAACAAAAUUCGGAAUGUAUAAUUUGAUUUUACAUUGUUAUCCAGCCCAUAUCGCCGAUUAUUUAAAAUACCUACAUUUAUUCUAUUGUUUUAUACGUUUUGUAUAAAAUACAGCAUACUAACAUUAUGUAUGCUACUUUGUGUUUGUAAGUUAGGCAUUGAUAAGUGAACCAUUGUUAGCGUAGUGAGACUGAACCGCGCGAUUGUCUGAAACUUUGGAUUGUUAUCACAAAAUAAAAUUGUAAAAAUGUACCUAAUUUUUUAAAUAAUUAAACUACAAUGAAUUAUU